CAAAAUCUAAGGGUAGUUCGCCAGUUUCUGUCGUACAGUUGCACGCGGCGGCUCGCCCGCUAUACCUCGGCCGUGGUUAGACCAAAAACAAAUAUUGUUGACACGAAAUAUUUGAUGACAGUGUAGUUUUUAAAGGACUUUCAGUGUGUGUGUCCGAGUUAUGUUCUGUCGAGUACUGUGCCUGUGUUGAUACGGAGGAAACAAGAGCUGAUUUUUUAGACAGGCCACCAUAAAAUGAAGCAGUAACUCCCAAGAUGGACUCGCCCGUAUCUUCGCAAGACGAUCGAGAUAUUGAAGUAAACGUGGUAUCAGGAGCCAGCAGUCCUGACAUCACAUCUUCACCUUCUAGAAAAGAUCAGAAGAGUCCCUUCUAUGAAUUAAAGAAGGACAAAGAAGAAAAAGCAACCGGCAGUGCGCCUUACACUAGUUUUUCUAUCAGUUCGAUUUUGAACCGUGCGGAGCCGAGAAGAGAGUCCAAUGUCCUGGAAGCCGCGUUGGCAGCUAAUCAUUUCGGGAAUGCGAACGAUGCUAUGUUGUCCAGAUUGGGUCUCAUAUCUCAAUGGAGCGCUCUAGCAGGGAGGUAUGGCGGUUUGGUGCCCGCUCCGUGGUACUGGCAAAGACCUCAAGACAGAACCACUCCUCCAAGAGAAGAUUCCACAACCAACGAGGAAGGCUCAGCAGGAGGAUCCCCUCGGAUCAGGAGUCCAGCUCGAGCUCCCACUCCUCCCUCCCCGUCCCGUUCCUCCCCUCGCUCCCCACGUCUCCAUCCAGCCCUCUACCCUCAACAACCAGACGUCCAAGACUCAGAUCCAGACGUAGACGAAAGCGACGACUUCGAUAAAGACGAGAAACGGGACCCUAACGCCAAUCUAGGCAAACGAAAGAAGAAGACCAGAACCGUCUUCUCAAGAUCCCAGGUCUUUCAACUAGAACAGACGUUUGAUAUGAAACGAUACCUUAGCAGCUCGGAGCGCGCUGGUUUGGCGGCUUCGUUGCAUUUAACAGAGACGCAGGUGAAGAUCUGGUUCCAGAAUAGAAGGAAUAAAUGGAAGAGGCAGCUAGCUGCAGAACUAGAGGCUGCUAACAUGGCUCAUGCAGCGCAGAGAUUGGUUCGCGUUCCAAUCUUGUACCAUGAGUCGCGGCCGACGUCGAUGCCUCACACGCCGAUGCCGUUGCACCCGCAGUUCAACGAUGGCGUCGGAGGGGUUUACUUUCCUUCCCAAGCUCCUCAGCAGCUGCAGCCCCUCCCGGCGUCUCCUGUGACGUCCAGGGCUCCGCUGUCCAGCCUCGUGUAGUGUUCGCUUGAGCCCGCACGCUCAGAAGAGGGACAUUAUUGAAUGUGAUCGUGCGGGACUAGUCAUGUUCAGAGUGUUAUUGCCAAAUCGUUCAAAUGUAACUUUAUGUAUAGGUUCGUGUUGGGACGUGUUGCGGUGGGUUCGGGUAAGAUAAAGAUAAUUGUGGUCAUCGUGGUUUGUGGCUUAAAGACGUCUGUGAAGUGAUAGACGUUAGUGAUUGUGUUCUAGGAGUAUGGUAAUGAUAAUGACUGUAAAAAUACAAAGAUUGUCUUUAAUAUUAAGUGUAAAGGUUGCUACAACAAAGAAAAUUGUGGUACGUACUCUUAAAUGAAACGUCAUUUUGACAGAUGCGACAAUGACAGUGACAUUGACAGCUAGCAAAGUAAGCAAAGGAAACAUGUUAUAAAUCCUAUUGUUUAAAGGUUUUAAAAAGUUUCUGUGGUCGCACAUCGAUAGUCUAGUCAGGUAACUUGUUGAAUUAAAGCUGGUGGCCACGGUGAAAGGUUUUAUUACCAAGUCUCCAUUGUUUGAGGCCCUAAUCUUAUCCGAACACGCCCCAACCAUUUUAUUUACGUGCUAGAUAAAUUGCAACGACGUAGUACUACGUUCUAUAUGCGCUAUAAGAUACAAAAGAGGUUUUAUUGUUUUUAGUCGUCAGGUUUUUUUUCUCAUACUUUGAAUGCACAGCACAUCAAGUCAUUAAGUUAUUUA